CUGAGUGCUCAACCUGACCUACUCUGCACUGACAACCAAUCCCUCACAUCCAUACGGUUUCUAUGUAAACAUCUACAACUUUCCAGAAGCCUUCAGAUUUUUUAUCUAGGUUGUCCCAAUGCAAACAUUCACAACUGGAAGAAGCUUUAGGAGUGAGAGAGAAAUAAACAAUGCCGAAAGGAACAAAUUUGAGUUGGUUUUCCAUCAGUGUGAUGUGGGUAAGAAAGGUUUCUUGUCCAGAGAAGAUCUCAAGAUAGCGGUUGUCAUGCUUUUUGGAUACAAGCCUUCAAAGUCUGAGACAGAUAUUUUGAUGGAGAAUGGCACUAUUAAGAACUGUCCAGGGGUCCCGCUGGAGCGGUUUGUGUCUCUCAUGGGGAGGAAGAUGUCUGCAGAAGAUCCAUAUGAGAAGACGAGGCAGAUCUUCACUGCAUUUGAUGUACACUGUCGUGGCUUCUUGAAGCUGGAUGACUUCAAAAGCGCCUUCAAGCGAGUUGCCCCUCGUCUGCCGGAGAGGACUGUGCUGGAGGCUUUCCGGCAUGCAGAUCAGGAUUCUGAUGGUCAUAUAAGCUUCAAGGACUUUGAAAAUGUCAUCAGCUUUGGUUUGGCGAACAUCUGCAGCUCCACAGGAGCCACAAGAUAUGAGUCUGGAAACAGCUUCUGUACAAAAUAUAACUAGAUCUCCUAUAAAACAACCCAGUGAGUUUUUUUAACCACCCUUAUGGCUUUUAAUUGAAAGCUUUAACAGUCCGGUGUUCACAUUGACUCUCCAAUAGAUAAUUGUUAGCGAUUUAGAGAGCACCGUUUGGCCUUGUCUGUUGAAAAGGCAGAGUAACCUCAAAUGCUUGACACUUGGGUUUGAUGAUGAGUUUUGAUGUUGUAUCGAUCCAUUUGGACUGAGGCUGCACCAUGUAAUGGAGAAACACACAUUUCUAUUGUGCGGUUGCCUUACAAACUACAUUAAAUUUAACCCAGCCUCUCAGGGUCUACUUCACUAGGUGCGGGAACAAUAUUCCCAUCUCAGCCUUCUGAUAUUUUAAAAUGAAAUCUGUGAGUUCUGUCACCACAUUUUAUGGCAAGCGAGGGGUCGGAUCUGUACAAUUCUCCUUCCUCGUUCAAUUUCCAUCUUCAAAACAGGCAGGUUGCCAUAAAAUUGAAUAUUAACUAUCACAUUCAGAUUCUGUUUUCGCACAACUCCCUGCUAGCGACAUAUAUUAAAAAGCCCAAGCGUACUCGUUCAGGGAGGAUUUUAUGCGACUCGUCUUGUUACAUGCGAUUAUGGAACUGUAAAUACUUGUUUGUGUUUCGAGAGAU